AUGCCACCAGCCAGACGAGCAAAUAUAGGUCGGCGAACGCGUAAUGCAAAUGAUGUGGCAUUACUAAGACGAUCACAGACUGCAGAUGAACGCGCACAAGCUAAUGCAUCGCAGCGUGAACGUAAUGCACGCAAUGGAUUUGUUAACCCAGUACCUGUACUGAAUCUUGCACGGCCAUCACGAAUACGUCGUGCUGUUUUGGCUGAAAUGAUGCGUGCUGCUUUUAAUUACAACAGUCAGAUUGAUUAUAGUAUGUAUGGAUACAUUGGAAUGAUGGACGCAAUAUGUCCACAUUGUGAUGCGGCUAACUUUCCAGGUGAAACGCCCGGCAUGUGUUGUGCUAAUGGCAAAGUGAGAUUGCCAGCAUUAGAAACUCCACCCGAACCAUUGUAUUCAUUUAUUUUUGGGACAUCGCAAGCGUCGAAGCACUUUCGGAGUCAUAUUCAACAAUACAAUUCGGCAUUUCAAAUGACUUCUUUUGGUGCAACUAAAAUUAUUAGAGAUAAUUUUAUGCCGACGUUUAAGGUAAAUACUUCAACAGGAUUAUUCCAUGUUUGUAUCAAUCUGAAGCAUAAAGUAUAUUUAAAAAAAAACUGAUAUAAGAUUUACCUAAAAUUGUAUACAUGUUACAGAUUCAGGGCCAGAUUUAUCAUCAAGCUGGUUCGUUAUUGCCAUACCCCGACGCUGAUCAUCAAUUUUUGCAAAUUUAUUUUAUUGGUGAUGAAAAUCGUGAAUUGGAUCAACGUUGUGCAAUUGUUUCGAAUACAAGACGAGAAAUUAUUCGUGAGCUACAAAGGUUUUUCCAUCAGCAUAACGCAUUAGUUCAAUUGUUUAAAAUUGCUCUCGAUCGUAUGCCAACUGAUAAUCACAAAAUCGUAAUAAGAGCUGAUAGAACACCUUUUGGAGAGCAUGCAAGGCGAUUUAAUGCACCAACAAUUGAUGAGGUUGCAAUUGUAAUUCUUGGUGAUCAGUUUCAAUCCCGUGAUAUUGUACUUCAUCGUAGAAAUGAGCAAUUGCAACGUGUUUCGGAACUUCAUCGUAGUUACGAUGCAUUACAGUACCCAAUAUUGCAUUGGAAAGGUGACGAUGGUUACCAUAUCAAUAUACCAAUGAUUGAUCCACGAACAGGUCUACAUAUACAGAAAAAAGUUAGUGCCAUGAAUUUUUAUUCGUAUCGAUUGAUGAUUCGUCCACAAGAACAAAAUUAUAUCUUAAAAUGUGGUAAACUAUAUCAUCAGUACAUCGUUGAUAUGUAUGCCAAAAUAGAGACUGAACGUCUUAAUUAUAUUCGUUUCAACCAAGCAAAAUUAAGAUCCGAAGAAUAUAUUCAUUUGCAAGAUGCGAUAGCGAAUGAUGCUAAUGUUAAUGACAUCGGACGUUUAACUAUAUUGCCAUCUUCGUAUAUUGGUAGCCCACGGCAUAUGAACGAAUAUGCACAAGACGCAAUGUCUUAUGUACGAAAAUACGGUCGACCGGAUCUGUUCAUUACAUUUACAUGUAAUCCGCAGUGGGAUGACAUCAAGAACAAUUUAUUUGAAGGCCAGUCGACAACUGAUCGUCAUGACAUUACAGCACGUGUUUUUCGGCGAAAAUUGAAAGCACUUAUGGAUUUAAUUGUGAAAUUACGUGUAUUUGGAGAGGUGCGUUGCCAUAUGUACUCCAUCGAAUGGCAAAAAAGGGGAUUGCCGCACGCACAUAUAUUAAUUUGGCUGGUAAAUAAAAUAACUCCGGAUCAAAUCGAUAACGUUAUAUCAGGUGAAAUUCCUGAUCAAACUGUUGAUCCUGAGUUAUUUGAUGUUGUCGUUAAAAACAUGAUACAUGGUCCGUGCGGUGAACUAAAUAUGAAUUCGCCAUGUAUGAUUGAUGGAAAGUGUUCGAAACGAUACCCAAGACAAUUGACUUCAGACACAAUAACGGGCAAUGACGGAUAUCCGUUGUAUAGACGUAGAUCACCUAAUGAUAAUGGCAAAACGGCAACCAUUAGAAUGCGUAACCAGGACGUUGAAGUUGAUAAUCGUUGGGUGGUUCCGUAUUGUCCAUUAUUAUCGAAAAUAUUCAAGGCUCAUAUAAAUGUGGAGUAUUGUAAUUCAGUCAAAUCCAUUAAAUAUAUUUGCAAGUAUGUAAAUAAAGGGAGCGAUAUGGCUGUUUUCGGUGUAGCUGGUGAUAAUAGAAAUGAUGAAAUUACUCAGUAUCAACUGGGGCGCUAUAUUAGUAGUAAUGAAGCUGUCUGGAGGAUUCUGUCGUUUCCAAUGCACGAAAGACAUCCUGUGGUUGUUCACUUAGCUGUGCAUCUUGAGAAUGGCCAACGUAUUUAUUUUAAUGAAGCAAAUGCAUUGGAAAGAGCAGCACACCCACCAGCGACUACGUUGACAGCUUUUUUCAAAUUAUGCGAAACUGAUACAUUUGCUAGAAAUUUGUUAUAUUCCGAAGUGCCUCAGUACUAUACAUGGAAUGUGUCUUCAAAAAAAUUUCAAAGACGUAAACAAGGAACAGCAGUCGAUGGGCAUUCAGGCAUUUUCAAAACAGAUGCAAUUGGGAGAAUGUAUACAGUACAUCCAAACAAUGCUGAGUGUUUUUAUUUGCGAUUGCUAUUAGUUAACGUCAAUGGCCCAAAAUCAUUUCAAGAAUUAAGGACAGUCGACGGUCAUUUGUGUCAAACAUAUCGUGAAGCAUGUCAACUCUUGCAUUUGUUGGAGGAUGAUGCACAUUGGGAUUCAACACUUAAUGAUGCAUCUACGUCAGCUCAUCCACAACAAAUACGAAUGCUAUUUGCCAUUAUAUUAUCGACAUGUAUGCCAUCAAAUCCACUUGAAUUAUGGAACAAAUAUAAAAAUUAUAUGGCAGAAGAUAUUUUAAUUCGUAUGCGUCAUCAUGCAAGAAAUCCUGAUUUGUUGAUUACCUUGGAAAUGUGCAACGAAGCUUUGAUAAUAAUUGAAGAUAUAUGUCUAACGAUUGCAAAUAAAGCAUUAGUACAAUUGGGUAUGACCGCACCAAAUCGUCCCAUGCAUGAUUUGUUUGAUCGUGAAUUGCAACGUGAGCAGGAAUUCAACUGUAAUGAUUUGCGUUUAUUUGUACAAUCGAAUAUAACCAAAUUAAAUAUUCAGCAAAAACAUGUAUAUGAUACAAUCAUGCAAGCCGUUUCCAAUAAUGCAGGUGGAUUAUAUUUUUUGGAUGCACCUGGUGGCACAGGUAAAACGUUCGUUAUAUCAUUGAUUUUAGCGACUAUUCGAUCAGAUCAGAAAAUUGCACUAGCACUUGCAUCUUCGGGAAUUGCUGCUACAUUAUUAGAAGGUGGUCGGACCGCACACUCUGCAUUAAAAUUGCCAUUGAAUGUACAGGUGAUUGAAACUCCAACUUGCAAUAUAUCGAGAAAUUCUGCUAUGGCAAAAGUUCUGCGAUUAACGUCAAUUAUUUUAUGGGAUGAGUGUACAAUGGCGAAUAAAAAAUCACUAGAAGCAUUCAAUCGAACAAUGCAAGAUUUACGUGGUAAUCAACAGCUUUUUGGUGGUGCUUUGAUAUUACUUUCAGGGGAUUUUCGUCAAACAUUGCCUGUCAUUCCUCGAUCAACUCCUGCUGAUGAAAUAAAUGCCUGCUUGAAGUCAUCAGUUCUUUGGAGAUAUCUACAAAAAUUGACACUAAACAUUAAUAUGCGUGUUCACCUACAAAAUGAUCCAGCUGCCCAUGAGUUCUCAAAACAAUUGUUAGAAAUUGGUGACGGCAAAAUACAAAUCGACAGAACCAACGGAUUGAUCGCUGUACCGAACAAUUUUUGUACAAUUGCGCAAUCGAUAGAUGAAUUGAUUGAAUGUGUUUUUCCGAAUAUUGUUCAGAAUUACAGAAAUCAUGAUUGGUUGACAGAACGCGCCAUUUUAGCACCGAAAAACAUUCAUGUCAAUGCAAUUAAUUUUCAAAUUCAAGCGAAACUGCCAGGCGUAGUCACGAAAUAUAAAUCAAUUGACAGUGUUAUGAAUCAAGAUGAGGCAAUGAAUUAUCCAAUUGAAUUUUUAAAUUCAUUGGAGCCGGCUGGUAUGCCACCGCAUUGCUUGAAUCUGAAAGUUGGUUCUUCGAUUAUAUUAUUGCGAAAUAUUAAUCCACCAAAACUGUGUAACGGAACAAGAUUGGCAGUGAAAAAGUUAUUGCCAAAUUUGAUUGAAGCUACGAUCUUAACUGGUAAAUCAAAAGGAGAAGUUGUUUUGAUACCGCGUAUACCUAUGAUUCCAACUGAUAUGCCUUUUGAGUUCAAACGUUUACAAUAUCCUGUGCGUUUAUCAUUUGCGAUGUCCAUCAACAAGGCCCAAGGUCAAACACUUCACGUUUGUGGUGUGAAUUUGGAGGAACAUUGUUUUUCACAUGGCCAGUUAUAUGUUGCCUGUUCCAGAGUCGGUACCCCCAGCCGUUUGUUUAUUUAUGCUCAAAAUGGAAAAACAAAAAAUAUUGUUUAUCCAAAUGUUUUGGAUUAAGUGUGUUGUAAAUAGCUAGCAAUUGAUUUCGAUUUUAAAUAAAAUAUUUUUUUGAUUAAAUAAAUGAAUUUGAUGUUCCGAUUUGUUUAUUUUAUUUCACUUUAUACGUAGCGAAGCACGUACCGGGCCGCUAGUCUUCUAUAAAUCAAAUACAUAAUAAUUGUAAUUUUAUUCUAUUAAUAAAUUUUUUUUUGAUAUAUUAAUAUUAAAAAAAAAUAGAACUGGUACUUGGGAGUCGCGUAAACAUUUGGUUGGUGUAAUAUCAAGUCAUAUACUUAAGACCAUUAUAUUUGGUUUUACAUAAAUGCAGUGGCGUACUAUAAAUGCAAAUGCCCUGCUUACCCUGAAUACCCAUUAAUAACCUUGUGUUGGGGAAGGAUUUCCCAUUUUGUAUAAUUUGUACAUACCCUAGUUAAAAUCCUUAUGAACGCCACUGCUUACAUAUUUAGUUCCAAAGGUGUCUUUCGUCUCCAGGGUUUAAUUGCAAACGGCAGCAAUAAAUGCAUAAAAGUUAAUUUUAAUAGUUAAUUUUAUAUAAAUAGUUACAUACUGUUAUAAAACUUGAAUGUAUUCUAUUUUAAUGUACACGAGAUUCGCUCCACGAAAUACAUAAUGACUAUGUUACA